AUGGGAGGUUACUUUUCCAAAAGCUUGGAAGAAUCUCUUAGGGAAGAAAAGCGGAAUUUAAAUCGAUCCAUAAGAGAAUUAGAAAGGGAAAUAUUUAAGUUGGAGAAUGAAAAAAAACAAAUUGAAAAAAACAUAAAGCUAUAUGCCAAAAAAAAUGAUAUAAGUCUUGUUCGAACAUUAGCAAAAGAUUUUGUAAAAGUAAAACAAACUGUUACAAAAUACAGUAAAAUAAAAUCACAUUUAUUUUCUAUGAAAAUAAAAUUACAAAGUGUUAAAUCUUCUGAACAGUUAAGUAAAAGUUUAAAUGAUAUCAAUAAAAUAAUUACAAGAGUAAAUAAAUAUAUUGAAUUAAAAAAUAUUAAUAAAUCUAUAUACGAUUUUCAAAAACAAAAUGAUGAAGUCUCAUUAAAAGAAGAUAUGCUAGAUGACCUGUUCGAUACAUUAAAUUAUGAUAUAGACAUGGCAGAGGAAGAGGAUAUAAUAGUUUCAAAAGUUUUAGAUGGUUUGGGUAUACAAAUGAAUUCAAAAUUAGAUGAAAUACCAUCGGUUAGUGAACUUAAAACUGAGCAAGUUGAAACUAACGCAAAUGUAGCGGAUUUCCAAGAAAGAAUUAACAAUUUGAAAAAGUAA